CAUUUGCGUGUUGUUGAGUGUUUUCGUGCGAUGUGAUCGGUGAAAGCUGUAAAUAUUCGCGUUGUAGUGCCCUUUAAUGCCAAUCAUGAUGGACAUGCCCAUUGCUCCUCCGGACCAGGAACUGCGCAACAUAAUUGACAAACUGGCCCAGUUUGUGGCGCGCAAUGGCCCGGAGUUUGAACAGAUGACCAAGCAGAAACAGAAAGACAACCCCAAGUCCUUCCUCUUCGGUGGCGAAUACUACGCGUACUACAAGCACCAGGUUGCCACGCAACAGAAUUCUGCACUGAAGCCAAAAGAGGAAGUGCCGCAGACGGCGGCAAGCGCUCCGCCGGCUCCCAUGCCAUGGCAGGCGACGUCCAACGUGGCGCUCGCCCAGCUACAACAGCAGGUGCAGGAGAUUCAGGAGCAGAUACGACAGAGCGAGGUCAACCUGGCCGCACAGCACCAGGUCCUUCUGCAGCAGCAACAGGUGCAGUUAGACGAGGCCAUACGAAAGGCCCAAGAUGACAAGCUGAUGGCUCAGGCAAAGAGCUGCGACAUAGAGAUUGCAGAAUUGGAUAAGAUCCUUCAGCCUAUCAUUGAGUCUUGCACCAAGGACGCCAUUUCGGCAGGAAAGGGCUGGAUUUUUUCUCACUCAACCACCCCACAACGUAAUGAGCUAAUAUGCCAGUAUCUGCUCAAGAAGGUCACCGUGCCGGGCGCUCCUUUCGACAUGAAACUGCACAUUGUGUACUUGAUCAAUGAUGUCUUGCACCACUGCGUGCGGAAGAACGCUGAUGGCUUGAAGCAGUCGUUGGACAAAGUUGUCGUCCCAAUCUUUUGCACGACCAGCAUUGGCGUUGACGAGGAGAAAGGCCAGAAACUUGCCAAAUUGCUGAAGCUUUGGGAGACCAACAACUACUUCCCAGCGUUAAUUCUUGAGCAACUCAAGAACCCUGCGAUUUCGCUGGCAAACUAUCAAGCCAGCCUCAUAACGGAGCAUGCGGCAGUCAUCACAUCAGUGACAAGUGCUGUGCAGGUCAAGUACUCGCAGCUUCAAAAGCAACACCAGGACUUUGUGGCGCACCUUACAGCACGGCUACAGGCACUGCAGUUUGGGGUGCUGCCCCCUGCAAUGGCAGCGCAGGCAGGCCUGACCGGCGUUGCCGCCCUGCCAACGCCGAGCGUGCUGCCACAAGCUGCACCGGCACCAGCAACCACGGCUGGUCCGGCAUUACCCACGACGGCGGGUUUGGCCCCGCCCACAUCAGUCAGUGCCCCGGGUCCUCAAACAGCGAUCGGCGUGGCUGCCACGCCAGCUGCGAGCACUGGCAACCAGCAGCCUCAGCAAGCUGCUGGUUUGGAACAGGAAGCCACAAGCCAAGACUCCGCCGUUAUUGGAUCCGAUGCUGGCAUUGGCGACGGCGGAGGCGCCGGUGGGAGUGUCAACGAGGGAGACGAGUCACAGCAGCCGUUGGAGGCGCAAGCAAGCAAAAGCGUCCCGGAAUUGGACCCCCAGCUGGCUCGGGGCCAGAGUCCAAACAUGGGUCAGGGUCCGAACAUGGGGCCCGCCUCGAUGCCUGAUGACGGCAUUGGUGGUGGGCUUCCUUUGCAGCAGCAGCAGCAGCAGCAGCACCCGCAGGGGCCAAUGUCUAUGAACAUGGACGGCAUUCCGCCGCACAUGAUGUCCGAUCAGAUGCCACCGAGAGACAUGAGGCCAGGUGGCAUGAACCAUGGUUACGGAGGCCCCAUGCACUACCCGGGCGAUUCGUACGGGGGCGGUGGUCACAUGGGUGGCGGCGGUCACAUGGGCGGCGGUGGGCCACCGUACAUGGGCAACGGACCUCCGCCACCGAUGCCGCCCUUCGGACCUCAGGCGCCACCCCACUACGGCAUGCCGCCCGGGUACAACCACCCACCGCCACCCGGCUACAUGCACCACGGAGGCCCUCCACAUGGCCAGUAUGGCGGCAUGCCGCCUAGGGGUAUGCACGGCUUCGACCACAUGAACAACGACAGGCCUUACUACGACGACUAUGACAUGAAUGCAAGAUCCCGGCAGGACUACGGCAACUUCUACAUCGACUCUGAGAGCAUGCCACCUCGCGGCGACGUGGUCCAUCAUAACGCCGGGCCCGGCCUGCCUGACCCGCGCCAACCUCCCCCUGGGUGUUUCCCCAUGAACUCUCAAGGGUACCUGCCACCGGAGCUGCCUCCGGAGGCCCUGGAGUGCCUGGUGCCCACCAUGCCGUACUACGAGCUGCCCGCGGGUCUCAUCGUGCCCCUCGUCAAGCUGGACGAAAGCGACUACAGGCCGUUGGACCCCAAGGACAUGCGGUUGCCUCCACCGGCUCCCCCCAGCGAGGCCCUGAUGCAAGCCGUGGAGAUGUUCUACAGUCCACCUUCUCACGAGCGGCCGCGUAACAGCGAGGGAUGGGAGCAGCUGGGCCUGUACGAGUUCUUCAAGGCAAAGAGUCAACACGUUCGCAAACGGCCCUCUUCCGAUGACGAAGGGGACGAGUACAGUCGGAGUCGUAGUGACCGGGACGAGCAACAGGCGGAGCGGAGGGCCAAGGCCAAGGAGGCGGAAGACCAGAUCAGAGACGACAUCGCCCGGCGCAAGUACCGCGAGAGCAAGAGCCCCCCAAGUGCAAGGCAUGAGGAGGAGCCCAGGAGGAAGAAGCGGAGUCGCAGCCGGUCGGAGUCCCGGUCCCCGCCGAGGCACAGCAGACGGUCACGGUCGCUCUCGAGGUCGCACUCCCGGUCGAGGUCCCGGUCGCAUUCACAGUCUCCCUCGAGACGGCGCUCUCCGGAACGCAGUCCGACACCUCCUUCCUUCUUUGGUUCAUCUUAUGGCGGUGACCCCAGGGACUCAAGGUUGGACGAAUCCAACAAGGGUCAUCAACUCCUCCGUAAAAUGGGUUGGGGAGGAGCCGGUCUCGGCGCAGCCGAGCAGGGCAUUCAAGACCCAAUCCAUCCGGGCGACGUCCGAGACCGCCAAGACCUCUACAAGGGCGUCGGCAUCAACCUUCACGACCCAUACGAAAACUUUCGCAAGAGCAAAGGCCAGGCAUUCAUCAACAGGAUGAAAGCACGGACGGAAGACGUCAAGUGAAGACGACAUCGCUUAUCCUCUCGACCCACAACAACCAUCUCGCGCAAACUCACAUUCGUCACUUCCGUAUACUUGCCAGACGAAGUUUAGGACUUUGUAUGUGUGUCCAUUUGUUGGUGUCCCAUCUAGUGAAAGAUCCCCCCCCCUCCUCACCCGUCGUUUCGUUGUGUUUUGUCUUUUAAUUUUUACGUCCAUUUCCCGACCUCAUCCUGAAUGCAAGGUUUCGGAACUGGACCGUCAUUGCUCAUUUGACCUGCAAGUGGAUCGUGGCUGAGGCAAAAUGAAAUGAACUGUGUUGGAACUCUGUACAAAGUAAAGCUGGCAUUAAUUAAAUGAUAUUUCUGGGAAGA